AUGCUGCCUGCUCCCAAGCCCGUGACAGAAGACGCUGAAAUCCUUCCUCGCCCCGCACCGUCGUUUCGCGAGGAUCUGGCGUCUCUGCCUGGCAACGAUGGUCGCCAGGCUCCCUCACUGCCUGCACCUCUUCUUGUCGAGCCGCCUGCCCCUCUCGCUGCGGCGUCUGAUGUGACUGCUCCGUCUGGCGCUCCUCUGGCUGCCGAUCCCGCCGCUCCGCCGGUGGCCGCCGAGCAGACGGUUGUUGCUGACGGCGUGGCGGUCCAGCCGGAGGGGUCCGCCACCACUGACGUCCAGGGCCAGUCGGCCCUUCCCGCCUCUUCGGCUCCCCCGUCUGGACCGCCUCCGACGCUGGCGCCUCCUCCGCCUGUGCAGGCGGGAUCUGCUCCUGUUGCCUGGCCUGUAGUUGCUCCGCCAACUCCCCGCGCGGUGGAUCUGUCUGUGUCGCCUGCGGCCGUUCCCGGUGUGCCAGUGGUGGCAAAUCCCUCUGCGCCGUCUGCCCCACAUCCGCAGUCUCCUGGCCGUCGUCAGCAGCGGCCCCAAUCCCCCGCACGUCAGGCUGAGCGCGCGACGUCCCGGCGCCGCCUCCAUUCCCCUCGUCAUGCAUUUAAAUGGGUCACAAGCACACCCCCCUCUGCUUCUCACCGCACCCAUGUACCCCUCCCCUGCCGCCACCCCUCCUCCUCCCGUCACCAUGUUCCUCUCUCCCUGGCACCCUAA